CCACUUUCACACUAGUUUCUUUCAAGCAAGCAAUACCAGCGGAACUUUAAUUGCGGUGUGCGGCGAACGAGAAGAGAAACCGAAAAGCAGCCAAUUUACUGUUGCGUUCCGAUCCUGUUAAUUCAUCAGUUGCCGAUUCUCCGAUCGCGCCUGUAAAUUUUUUGUUUAGUUUAGUGCAUCAAGUGCGAGAUAACACAGCAAAGCAACAACAAACGAAGCGACAGGCCAAAGCGGACGCGCAAAAUACAAUAAAAAAUACAGCGAGUGAGUGAUCCCGCCAUCAUGAGCAAGAAGCCGACAGCCGGACCGGCGCUCCACAAGGUCAUCAUGGUGGGCAGUGGCGGCGUGGGAAAGUCCGCCCUCACACUGCAGUUCAUGUACGAUGAGUUCGUCGAGGACUACGAGCCCACCAAGGCCGAUAGCUAUAGGAAAAAGGUUGUGCUGGACGGCGAGGAAGUACAAAUAGAUAUAUUGGAUACGGCUGGCCAGGAGGAUUAUGCCGCCAUCAGAGAUAACUACUUUCGCAGCGGCGAGGGUUUCCUCUGCGUCUUCUCCAUCACAGACGACGAAAGCUUCCAGGCAACCCAGGAAUUCAGAGAACAGAUCUUGCGAGUAAAGAAUGACGAGAGCAUACCGUUCCUGCUGGUGGGCAACAAGUGCGAUCUGAAUGAUAAGCGCAAGGUGCCGCUGAGCGAGUGCCAGCUGAGGGCGCAGCAGUGGGCGGUGCCCUAUGUGGAGACCUCGGCUAAAACCCGCGAAAAUGUGGACAAGGUAUUUUAUGAUCUAAUCAGGGAUAUUUCAUCGCGUAAAAAACAACGUCAGACGGACGUGAAACAGCCGCCGAAGCCCAACUCUCAUUGCUGCCAACUGCUGUAGGAUGAAUAACAACAACGGACAACAACCAUACGAUGAACAACAAACAACUGCAGCAGCAACAACUUGGAACACAACAACGGCCACACGGAUAACACCAACACACAGGAUAGGAUAUGGCGAACAGAACCAUAUGUUAAUACAAUUUAAUGAACUUUGAGAACACCAGUACACAUACGAACAGCAACAGAUAUUAAUACUAUUUGCCACACUCAGAACUCCAAUCCAUAAUCCAUGUUAACUUGCAUUGUAAUAUACAUAAAUAUAUAUAUAUGAUUUAGGCAACAAAUUUUUUUCGAAAAAAUCAAAAGAAAAGCACACAGACAGGCAACUUACGAAUUCUGUCGUUUAUUUUUAGUUACUUUUUUUGAAUUAUCGAUGUUUGUGUUGCCCCCGUAUAAUAAAAUGUUAAAACUAAAACCUAAAGCUGAAGCUAAAGCUUAAACAUAUUAAAUAUAAUCAAUCGUAGACACCUAAAGAAGCCCAUAAUAAUUAUGCAAUUUAAAACUUGCUACAGAUAUUUCUCUUGUUUAAUUAUAUAUACGCAUACAUUUUUUUGUAAUAUUUUAAAGUUUAAUAGCAAAAUGCAAACCACACAAACCAACAAGAAACCACACAGAAAAGCUUUUUAUAAAUAUAUCUAAAUAUAUAUUUAAAUAUAUAUAUUAAAUAGUUUAAAGUAUGAAACACUUAAAAUCCUAGCGAAGAAACAACAGAGGAAAACGGGAAAAACAAAAAAUAUCUCCAAUUAUUAAUGGUAAACGAAGUGAAUCGAAACAAAUUUUUAAUGCAAUUUUUGUAAUUUUCUAAACCGAAAGCAAAUGUGUAGGGAUUUAUAAACAACAAAAAACCAAUGAGGAAUGAUACACUAACGUUUCUGAAAAGCUUUGGAGACUUUCCUUUACGAACAGUUAUUUUCUUUGCCCUGGAACACAUCCAAUAUAUGUAUGUAUGUAUGUUUAGCAAUUACUCCCGAUUGAUUUGCUUCUUUGUGUACUUUUGUAUAACUGCAUUCUGUAUUGUAAUAUUUAAGCUAUUAUUAUUAUGAUAAUUAUUAUUAUUAAAUAUAUAAGUUAUAUAUGCAAUCAAGCGAUGAUUGGUUCACUUUUUGUAUGUAUGUAUGAGGCAUAUUCCUAGUUUCCCCUGUGAAAAUUUGUGCAACACACACGAAAUCUCGACCACAGUUAGAGCACGCAACCAUUUGUUUUAUCCUCCUUACAGACUUAUGCGAAUAUCCAAAACAAAAUCAAACAGACGCAUUUUUUUUAUAAUAUAUACAUGCAUGUAUAUAAAUAUAAAAAUUACAAUUACGAGAGUUAAAAAUGUCGAUUGAUGGAGUGUACGUUUAGCUUGACUCAGAAAUAAAACGAAAAAUAUGAAAACUAA